UUAUCCGUUCUAAAAAGGUAUUUCUACUGUGAUUUGAAUGUAACAACCAUGGUUUGAGGUUUCAGGUUAAGAGAUGCAAACUAGCACAUGCAUAUCAAGUUUCAACUUUUGUCCUGAACAAACUAUGAUGAAAUGCAGUUAAAAACAAAUGGCAUCAAGUGUUUGAGUUUAAACAUAAUAUUAGUGAUGGGAUUGAUAUAUUUUCUGUGUUUCCUGAAUGUUAGGCUCAAGAUGGAAAAGAUAUGGCUUCAUUGCAGUCACAGUGGAGACAUAUGACCUUAGUUCGCUGCACCGUUUCUGUCUUCACACAUGGGGGCGGUGUCCCCCCACUGAGGGCCGACAACAUGCCAGACACAAAAGAGGAAGGGCAAUACAGCGAUUAUUUCUAAUUGCAUGUUUUGAGAUGUAAUUUUUCCACUCUCUACAUCGGUCUUUUUCAUCCUCAGGCCUGUUUAAGUUUAGAGUAUAAUGGCAUUUUAUAGUGAGGCAAAAUGUUCCGAUGUUUAGAUGUCUUCAUUUGUCAUUUGCAUAAUACUUCCCCACAAUCAGGCAAUUUAGGCAUAUAACAAAACAUUUGCGUUUCCCAUGUGGAGAAAUGAAUGUCUCAUUGGUCAUCAACUGCGCCCUUUAACGGUCUCCGUCUAACCUUGAAUAUAAAUGCAAAAGAUCAUCCUUGUCUGAGGUAUCUCAUCAUUCAUCUUCAUCUCCCGCACCUUCUCCCCCCUCCCUCCCUGCUUGUCCAUCUCCUCCCUCUGCGCCUUUUUACGCACAAAACAAGUCAGAGCGCACACACGACCGGUGGGGAAAACAGGAGAGACAAUAGACAACAGUUUGGGUCAUGAUGGUAUUUGGAUUUGUACCGUAUCAGUAACAUGCGCGCCGGACUGUGAGAUACAGGUCAACGAUCAGUGAACGCGUCUGUCCAUCCACCGGCCGGCAGAAAGUUUCUCCAGGUUUUAAUGUUGCCAACCGAGAUUUCAGGAGGAGUGUGUUUCACCUCAAGCGAUCACACUGAGGGAAGGAGAGAAGGGAUGAAAACAGAGGAAAGCCCGCAGCCAUGUCAGCAGCAGCCUCCCUCCUCAACGCCUUUUGGUCAGGAGUACAGGGGAGGGGGAGAAAUGUGCGCGGCCUGCGAGUCUCCCAUCGCCGACCGCUUCCUGCUGCGCGUGAAUGAGCGCUCCUGGCACGAGACCUGCGUCAAGUGCGCAGUGUGUCUGAGCGCGCUCACCGGAACCUGUUACUGCAGGGACCGCCUGCUCUACUGCAAGCACGACUAUGAAAAGCUGUUUGUAAGAAAGUGCAGCGCAUGCCUGCAGGUGAUUGGACGAUCAGAGCUGAUAAUGCGUGUGCUAGGCCAGGUGUACCAUCUGGGCUGCUUUACCUGCUGCGAGUGUGAACGCCGGCUGCAAAGAGGUGAUGAGUUUGUACUGAAGGAAGGCCAGCUGCUCUGCCGUAUGGACUACGAGAAGGAGAGAGAAAUGUUGGCUGCUAUCAGUCCCACACCAACUGAAUCAGUAAAAAGUGAGGAUGAGGACGGAGGGGGAGGAUCUGGUGGGGGUAAAGGUGGAGAUGAAAGCAAGGAGCACAAGCGCUCAAAACGACCACGCACCAUCUUGACCACACAACAGCGCCGCGCUUUCAAGGCCUCCUUUGAAGUGUCCGCUAAGCCUUGCCGCAAGGUAAGAGAGACAUUGGCUGCUGAGACCGGGCUGACGGUGCGUGUUGUGCAGGUGUGGUUUCAAAACCAGAGAGCCAAGAUGAAAAAGAUAGCUCGCAGACAGCAGCAACAGCAGCAGCAGCAGCAGGAACAGGAGCAGCUGGGGGGGACCAGACGAGGACCAAGUCGAGGAGGGCGCCAGAGCAAUGACGACAGUGAGGAUGGCUCUAGUACCCACGGCAUGGAUGGGAUGCUGGGAUAUCCCUCUCUGCCACGUCAGCAGCUACUUGCUCUGGACCCCAACAUCUACGGCGGAGAACCAUUCCGACAUGGGCUUACACCGCCUCAGCUGAGCAACGAGCAGCUCCACUCCUACGACUCAGAGACGGUGUUCCAUGACCUGGACAGCGAUGGAAGCCUCGGUCACCUUGGAGACUGCCUCUUGGCAACAGGGGACGGCAGUCUGCUGGCAGGGCGAGUGGGAAACCCCAUUGACCGCCUCUACUCGAUGCAGAACUCCUACUUCACCUCCUGACCCUUAUAAACUCUCGCCCUUCCCACUCCUGUUUCACCUUUCACCUCCGAGAUGCAGCUAAUGGAGUCUAUUGAUCAACAUGGCUGUGGGACCGCUGUCCUUGAAGCAGCCCACACCCAAACACACUUCUGAGCUUUUAUCAUAGGCUAAAAUCAUCACAAUCAUUGUCAUAACAUCACUUUGCAGCAUAUAAGUUAUAUAUUCUAACCGUCUUUUCUUGAUGAGAAUCACAUGCUGGAAAUACAAACACUGUAAAUGUCCAAGAUAUGUAAAAAAGACCUCAAUUUCUUCUGUUGUAUUUAUGUAUGUGACACGUUUCAUGGCACUUUCUGACAAAAAAUGACAAACCUAUCAAACAUAUUUAUGUGUAUAUUAUGAUUUACAGAUGAUAAUUGGUUGUUGAAAGUGAAUUCAUCAAUCACGGUACGUGCACCGACUGUCGGAAGGUCUUGUGAGCAGCUGAGAGUCAAAAUUAGAUUAGAUUAUUGCUUAACUAUUUUUUUUAAAAGGACUGGUGAUUAGUUAUAGUGUGUGAGAGACUGCAGCGUAUACAAUACUGUAUAUGGAUUGGAGUACAAUUUUGCUCUCAGGAUAGUGUGUAUGUUUAUGAGACCUGAGCUCUAACUCAGGAUAUCGAGCUGGAUAGAAGUACAAUUUAACUUGCCCAGCGACUUUAAGAAGGCUGAUUGCAAAGAGGAAGAAACUCCAUGUAAAAUGGUAACUUCAAAUUACAUUCUUAGUUUUGGAUAAUGCAUGACAGGUUUAAUAUGAACCAAAAACAUAAUAAUCCCAUCUUUUUUAACAUUUAGACACUACAGGGUAAUUUGAGUAGCCUUAUGCGGAAACAGGGUUGUACAAGUGAUUUGUUAUUUUGCUUUCCAUUCUCUUAUAAAAUGUAAUCACUUAGAAACAGUGCAGUAAAUGACAACCAUGUCAUGACAAGAUCUAUCAUGCCCCAAAGUUAGAACACUGCGAACAUAAUAAUGUGCUCUCAAAUGUAAAUGUGAGUAUGACUGUGUUACAUUUAAUUGUUGUAUUCAAUUUCUGUAAAAACUUAUUUCGCAAACAUCUCAAAUUAGAUGUUGUUAGGUAGAUAUUUUGUACCUUCUUCUGUGAUAAUCAGCAAAUAUUUAAAUUGUAGCAUGAUAUUUAUGUGUCACAAAGUAGGUCUAAAGAAAUAUUCUCCAAACGGAAACUGGAAAGCAAGUGCAGAGAGAACCAGGAUCAGACUCAAUGUGGUGCAGAAUAAAAUAGGAUUAGGAUACAUGUUUAAAUUAGGUGCCAGUGAUCGGCUUCAGCUUGUGACAUUCUUUCAUGACAUGUUUGACUCUGAUCACUGACUCAUGGUAUUUUUACAGUGAUAUUUUUGUAAAUGUAACUUAUUUGUGCGGUAUUAGGCAAAUUCCUAUCUUAACUUUUUAGUUCAGUGACUGCCAGGUGAUGUGCUUUGAAUGUAAUAUUGCCGUAUCUUCAAUACAAUCUGCGGUUUUA